GCUACACCUGAGCUAGAGAGUGAAUUCCAGUGAGCUGCGCUAGCCUUUGUUGAGUGUGAUUGAUGAUGUAUAGAUAGAUUCUUAAGCUACACCUCUUUACUCUCGCAACAGGAUCCCUAAACCCACUUUUCACUUGCCUUUUUUUCCCGUUGGAUUUGGAUUAUACUGCAAUCAGCUUCAAAUGAAUCAAUUCUGCCUCACUUUCUUAUUUUCUUUCCAUAUUUCACUUGGGCUGUAAUAAUUUAUUUAUGGGGGUUUCUUAACCAUCUUUGUCUCUAAUAAUUUGUUUUCGGAGAUAAUCUCUCUUGGGCGGUUGGGCCCUGUCUGCAUCAAAGAUGCCUGAGACCCUUUGUUUCUAUAUUGGUUUAUGAUGUGGGUUUUGUUCAACUUUUAUAGGAACUCUUUCUUUAUUUUAUUCUAGCUUUGUUGUACCACUCGUGGUUUCUAGAUCAGCAGCAGCAUUGACUCUCUUUUUCUUGCAUCACCUCACCCUUAUCUUCAAACCAAUCUUGAGCCUAAUCUUUUGCUUAUAUUUUUUUUGAUGAAGAAGUAGCAAUAUGUAUGCUGCUUUUUCAAGAGUAUCUGGCUUGAGUUCAGACCCAUUUUGAAUAAGUGUUUAUUUCUGGCUUUAAUCCAAGAAGUUGGGUUGCCUUCUAUUCUAUUUUGGCUUGGAUUUAGCGGCAAAGAAGCUUGCUUGCAGAUCUGUGACUGAUUAUGGGUUGGUGCUGUUUGAUUUUUGGGUUGGUUUCAUUGCUUCCAGUGGUGUAUUUGGUGGAUGGAAUUGGUGCUAACUGGGGCACACAGACGACCCACCCUCUGCCUCCCGAUACAGUGGUGAGGAUGCUAGUAGAGAAUGGGAUUCAAAAGGUGAAGCUUUUUGAUGCAAAUUAUGAUGCUUUGAGAGCUCUUGGUAAGUCGCGGAUUGAAGUGAUGGUAGGUAUUCCUAAUGACAUGCUUGCAACUCUUGCUAGCAGUGUGAAGGCUGCUGAGAAAUGGGUUGCCAAAAAUAUCUCAACACACCUCUCCACUGACAAUGUUAACAUCAGGUAUGUUGCAGUUGGGAAUGAACCUUUCUUGCAAACAUAUAAUGGAACUUUCCUUGGGGUGACCUUCCCAGCUCUCCAGAACAUCCAAUCGGCCCUGAUAAAAGCUGGGCAUAGCAAUCAAGUAAAGGUCACUGUCCCCCAGAAUGCUGAUGUCUACGGGAGUGCAAGUGGCUUACCAUCUGGUGGCGACUUUAGAGCUGAUAUCCAUGAUCUCAUGGUUGGUAUUGUCAAGUUUUUGAGUGACAACGGAGGCUCCUUUACAGUAAACAUCUAUCCCUUCAUAAGCCUCUACACUGAUCCCAGCUUCCCGGUUGAGUAUGCCUUCUUUGAUGGCAAUGCAUCACCUUUAAACGAUGGUGGGACAAACUACUACAACAUGUUUGAUGCAAAUUAUGACACUCUCGUCUACGCUCUCGAGAAAAAUGGGUAUGGAAACCUGCCUAUUAUUGUAGGAGAGAUAGGUUGGCCAACUGAUGGGGACCAAAAUGGUAAUGUACAAUAUGCCCGACGAUUCAGCCAAGGUUUCAUGAAUCAUAUUUCAGGUGGAAAGGGUACUCCAAAAAGACCGGAACCAGUCGAUGCUUAUUUAUUCAGUUUGAUUGAUGAAGAUGCUAAAAGUAUUGAUCCAGGAAAUUUCGAACGCCACUGGGGAAUAUUUACAUUUGAUGGGAUACCCAAGUACCCUCUCAGCCUUGGCACAACAAAUUCAAGUGUGUUAGUCCCUGCUAAAAACGUGCACUACUUGGAGCGGAAAUGGUGUGUGAUGAAACCAUCUGCAAGGCUUGACGAUCUGGGAAUCGCAAAUAGUGUGAGCUACGCCUGUGCUCUUGCAGAUUGCACUAGCCUUGGUUAUGGCACAUCCUGCGGAAAUUUGGAUGCUAGGGGGAACAUUUCUUAUGCAUUCAACAGUUACUUCCAGCAGAACAAUCAGCUUGAUAGUGCAUGCAAAUUCCCGAACCUUUCGAUGAUUGCAAAAUCAGAUCCUUCAGUCGGAAGUUGCAGGUUUGAGAUAAUGAUUGAGCCAUACUAUGGAGGAGCAGGAGCAGUCAAUGAUCUCUCACAGAAGAUGUUGGGUUUGAUUACUGGACUUGUUAUAUAUUUUGUAACAAUUGUGUGAAUUCUAGGGUUUCCAGAUCAGAUCUCUCUCUCCUUGCUUCUCUUAGAGCCACCUUAUUUGCUCUGUAGGAUAGCUAAAAUGAUAGCAGUGUAGUGCAAAUUUUGCAACUCACAUUUCAUGUUGAAUUGCACUUUUGCUAUUUGAAAAUCCAUUAUAUUCUGUUUUAUUAAGGUUACUGUGAA